GCACUCACUUCUUUUCUGCACUUCAGAUUUGACAUAAACAACACUACAGGAAGAAAAUGACUCACUGGUUUCAUCGCAACCCUUUGAAGGCUACAGCUCCUGUCCCGUUCAAUUUUUACGGGGUAGCCACCACUCCAGCUGCAGCAAAGAUUUGCAAUGAUUUGAGAUUAUCUCGAACACGACUAUUGGAGCUAUUUACAGACUCGAGUUGCAAUCCAGAAAUGAUGAAGAAUGCAACAGACUUGUACUUCUCACUUUUACAAGGCUUUAUCCUUUCACUGGAUGGCUCUUCCCAAGAAUGCAAGUUGCGAUAUAUUCAGAACUUUAAGUGGACAGACACAUUACAAGGACAUGUUCCAAGUGCCCAGCAGGAUGCAGUAUUUGAACUGGUUUCCAUGGGUUUUAAUGUAGCUCUGUGGUACACAAAAUAUGCAUCAAGACUUGCUGGGAAAGAAGAUAUAACAGAAGAUGAAGCAAAAGAUGUUCACAGAAGCCUGAAGAUAGCAGCUGGGAUCUUUAAGCAUUUGAAGGAAAGUCAUAUUCCAAAAUUGAUUACACCUGUAGAAAAAGGAAGAGAUUUGGAAGCUCGACUUAUAGACUCUUACAUCGUACAGUGCCAAGCAGAAGCUCAAGAAGUGACAAUUGCUCGGGCUAUUGAGUUGAAACACAAUCCAGGUCUAAUAGCUGCUCUUGCUUAUGAAACAGCCAACUUUUACCAAAAAGCUGAUCAAACGCUAUCCAGUUUGGAUCCAGCCUAUGCAGGUAAAUGGAGGAAGUACUUAAACUUGAAGACCUGUUUCUAUAUGGCCUACGCGUACUGUUACCAUGGUCAAACUUUACUGGCCAGUGAUAAAUGUGGGGAAGCAAUUAGAUCUCUCCAAGAAUCAGAGAAAUUUUUUGCCAAGGCUGAAGCAUUGUGCAAAGAAUAUGGAGAAACCAAAGGGCCUGGGACUACUGCCAAACCUUCUGGACAUCUCUUCUUUAGGAAACUAGGAACUUUGAUCAAGAACACACUAGAAAAAUGCCAGAGAGAGAAUGGUUUCAUCUAUUUUCAGAAGGUGCCAACAGAGGCUCCCCAGCUGGAACUAAAAGCAAACUAUGGCCUAGUAGAGCCUGUUCCUUUUGAAUUUCCUGCACUGAAUGCACACUGGACUCCUGAAACACUUAAUGCGUUUGAUCUCACCAAGAGGCCAAAGGAUGACACUGCUAAACCAAAACCAGAUGAAGAAGUAAAGCCUCUGAAGGAACCAGAUAUAAAGCCUCAAAAAGACAGUGGAUGCCAGAUUUCUUAAGUGUCAGAAGUGCUUUGAAUUCACUUUAAAACUGUAUUAAUUGGACUCUGGGGCUUUUAGUUCCAAUCUCCCUUUUUCUGGUUCUUUGUUAAUUUAGAAAACUAAUUAAGUUUACUUUUGUUAGUAUGCGUCUAUCUUGCUUGAGCAUGUGAUGGAUUUCUAGGAGUUUAUACCUGACUUAUUUUUGGGUUUAGUGGGAUAUCACAGAAUGAACGGGCUUAAAUGUUCAUAUUGUGCCUCUAGAGAGUUUCUUUUUGUGGGUUUAGUUUCUGCCCACAAAUAGCAACGGAAGUGUCAUGAUUGUAAUUUUUAAAGAUUUCCCAUUAAAAUAUAUGCUUACGAUGUCACAUGCUGCAAACCAAAGUUUGCAGGAACAGUUAUAUCUAUUCACAUUUGUCAUUCAGGCUUAGCAUCCUGUCAUGUUCUGAUUCACUUAAAUGUAGUGAGUGAAGAAAAUCUGGGUUUGGUAUUUAACAGUCCUAUGGUAUUUAACAGCGCUUUCACAGAAAGUGGAAAAUCUUAAGUUCUGCAUAAAUGGAACACAAUUUAUAUUCUUCUGAAACUCUUAGCCUCCGUUCUUUCCUUUCUAGAUCAAGGUUCCUGUGUAAGAAUUUGUAUUGAGUGAAGCACUUAUCUUGUAUGUCCUUAAGUUAAAAUCCCUUAGUAUUAAAUUGUACAUGAAAGUAAUGCAGCAGGUAAUAUGUAAGUGCUUGAAAGUUUUAGUUUUAGCUUAGUUUUUGCCAAAAUGGAAUGUGGAGCUAUUUUGCCAAUACAGAUUUUUAAUUCUCUUAAGAAACAUUGCAGCUGUAGUCAUCUGCAUUUGCUUAGCCUGCCCCCUUUAAGGAUCAAGCUAAAGUUAACUCCAUUUCAUAAUCGUGAUUUUUUAGUUGCUUGUUGUUCUUCAGAAGUGUGUAUGUAUGUCAGUAUUUAUGUCUCAAUUCAUCUUCUUUCUGCACAAAUGGAUUCCGUCUUUCAUUCUCCCAUCACUUUCCCUUCCAUCUGCUACAUGCAAAGGCAGGGGCUCACCUUUGUUUGCUAAUGCACAUGGAGAUGCUGGGACUUGUUUCCAGUGAGGCUUUUGGCUGUGGGUGUAUUUCAGUAUAUAAAUAUCUUAAAUUAAGCAGAUCGUGACUAAAUCAUUCCCGAAAAAGUCAUCUUAGGAAAGGUUCUUUUAUGGACUUGUAAUUCUUAAUUCCUUGGACAUUUUCUUGAACCAAGCGGUUUGGUUGAAUCAAGUUCACUGUAAAUAGUUCAGGGCAUAACCAAGUGGAUUGUGUCAGAUUGCGGUAUUACUUAAGCCUAGCUGUGUAGCGACUUAGGCCAUAGCUGUUUUGGUAAAUAUGAUGUAGUAGUUUAAAAAUAGACUAAUGGAACAAACUAAUUCACUUAACAUGUGUUGCUUUUCAAGACAAGCUUUGUUUACUCGUAGUUAAAAUCUUAUGGCAAACACUGGAUUGUUUUGCCCAAGAAAAUGGAGACUGUUUUGUGUGCAAAGCAUAGAGUGCUGUCAGUGAGCGAACAGUUCUCUCUUUGGUUUUGUUGGGUAGUGGCAAGAAUUACUGUAAAUAUUAUUGAGAUUGCCUUUCCAAUAUGCUCAAGAAUAUAGAUGAAUUGACUGGGAGUUUUGGUUAAUCUGGAAGCCUAACAACCAUGUUCCUUCCAUUAUGAUUUCUUUUUGUAAUUUCUAAGAAUGACGUAUUUUGAAUGGUGACUUUUUAAUAUUCUUUUGCUGCAAGAGCCUGUUUUUUCUGGCACUGGAUUUAGAGGCUCUCAUGGCUGAAUCUGCAAAUGUUGUUGGUGUAAAUAGUCUUUACAAACUCGUGCUCAGUCUAAAUAUUGAGCACUAGACCCUCUAUUUUGUGCUUUUAAAAUGUACUGGUAGUCUUUAAUCUUCUAUAAAGUGAACUAUUAAGUUCUUUGUAAGAUUUGUAUUUAAAUACUUUUAAUACGCUUCUUCCAUGUUUCAUGUUUCUGGGUUUACAGUAGUUAAUCUCCACCCAGCACGUGACACUCCUGGAACUGAAGGACUAAAUUUGGCCCUUGGAUGCUGAUGCCUGCCUCCCACUGGAUUUGGUAGAGGAGUUUUGCCUCUCAGCCUAAGGAUAAUAUUUGGUCACCUGACUAUUCAGCAUGAAUACGUGGCAUGCCUGUAAGGAUGGUACUGGUUCAUAGUAUAAGCAAGAAAACAUACCUGUGUCUGUGCAGAAUGCAGCCACCUUUGCACUUGAAUUUCCAGUCUUGCAAUUUUCACACGAUACGAUUGUAAAUAUUUCUUUCUGUCCUUUUAAUUUGUUUGCACUGAUUUUAUUGUUGUGCUAUUGGUAAGAUUUUUAUGGGAAACAUUACUAAAAUGUAUUUAUAAUUGUCUAUGAAUAAAAUAAACUCAUGAAGCAUUUCUCUUCAGGGAACAUGAGGAGAGGCA